GUAUGAAAUGAUGGCGUUAGUGGCGCAACCAUGUAGUAACCUAACUUACUAUAAACAAAACAUUACAAGUGCAGUGAUAGACAUUGUACCAUAACUUGUGUGUUGAGAGGUUAAAAUUAUAUUAGGAAAAUAUAAUGUUGAAAUCAAUUUUAGCAGAAGAAUGUACUCGUACUAAAUUAGCACCAUCGUUAGAAAAAGUAUUAAACGAUUUAGACAGAGAAUCCACGCAUCACGAUUAUAUUGUUGCUUUAAUAAUAGUAUUGUUAGCAGAGGCUGGUUUUUAUUUGUCAUCGUCAUAUAGUGAUCGGCCACAAUGUCCAAAACUACUCUAUAUACCAAAAAGUUGGAAAUCGCGAGACACGGGAAUAUAUGAAAUGUAUUUUCAACUAGAAAGUGUUCCUGAUGUAGAAUGCAAACUAGUUGUAGUCCCUCUGGGAGACACAUUGAUUUUGAAUUUUUUUCCUCUUAUGGAUGGAAAAACGACUUACAGUAUAAGUGUACAGACUCUGAAGUAUGUUAAUCCUUACUCGAGUGAUCUUUGUGGACGGUACAUGAAUCUUAAAGCAAUAUCUCACAGGUUUAAGGAUCAAUUGUCUACACCAGUGCGUAAAGAUCUAUUUAUCAAAGCUGGUGUAAUGGGUCCUAGUCUUCAAACUAUUCCAAUUGAGUUGAAGUUCAGAAUUUUAAGACUGCUAGAUGCCUAUAGUGUAACAAAGAUGGCACAGUGUUGUAGAGAAUUCCGUGAUAUAUGCUCAGAAUCACAAUUAUGGAAGGAUUUACUAUAUAGGGAUUUUCCAGGAUGUUACCGUACAGUAUCAAAUGGCAAAGACUGCUAUCGUUUUAGAUUAUCACUGAACUGUUGUUCCAAGGAACUAAUUCCCGAGACAUAUCGGAAAAACUAUGUUGCUGGCCGUAAUUACCGCAAGAAGGUCUCACCACGAGGAGGUAACUACGCAUACGAGACCCACCCUGGACCCCUAAUCCCAUUGACUGGAAAUUGAAUAUCUUGAAAAAGCUUGUGGCAUUUACACAAGCUUGAGUUUAGUAUGAUAUCUACUGAUAUACGAACACGGAAUACUACAGCUUACAGUAGUCGAUUGAAAUCCACUAAUUGUAAGAAAAAUAAGUGAGAAGCAUGCAUACGAAGGUAGAUUAUUGUGACGUAAACUAUUGAAAAAUAUUAAUUAUCAAGACCUACCCUGCACGAGUGUGAUGACACUCGCUGCAAUGAAUGGCUUUUCAAUUUAAAAUUGAGGUCGCAUUUCAGUUCAGAUUAUCAUAUUUGAAUCUUUAACCAAUCACCGAAGAAACCAAACCAUGCGACUCACCGUCGUAGAAUUGGAAAUUAGUUGCAACAAAUUCUUUGCUCAAGUCUAUGAACGUUGUUUCUUUUCUUCUUAAAUCCUUCUAUCGGUUUUAUAAUGGACACGCUUUGGUGGCAGAAAGAAACAGAACAGAAAAUAAAUUAUUAAAAUAUUAAA